UUCACCUUCUUCGAAGGUCUCAAUGCCAAUCUUGGCCUUAUUCUCGCGGCGUCUGCGCGGAAUACUCGGACGUCUGCCGUGACACGGCGUUGGGCGCAUCAAGAAAUGAAAGCACAUUACCAUCGCGUCGCGCGCGAGCUGACGGACAAGGACAACGGAUGGCAUCUCGGUGCCGUGCACAUGAAAGCCGAGCAAGUCCUUGAUUUCCGCAUCGAGGACAUGGCUGCGCGAAUGCGGUCCUGGCUCCCGAACUAUGGGAACUCAUCGCGUUCCUCUGUCAGGCCGAGAGCUCUGGACUGGCCUAGGGAGGGAGAUCCGAGAAUCAAACUCUCAGUCCGGAUGAGCUGGAGUUGUGGCGGGAACUUGAACUCGGCGGAGGCGAUGUUCGAGAAGGCGCCGAUCCUCAGCUCCUGCGAAGGAUGCUCGCUUUGCCUUCGCAGAAGACAGUAGUUAUACUGUCUGUAAUCAUGCACUCGCUCAAUCAGCAAUGCAACGCGUUCGCUGCCGUCAACGCGAUCUUCUUCCAUUCCUGCAAUACACCUGACAAGGUCAUCAAGGCACUUGCACAUAUGGGCAUCUCAAUCUCACCGUCUUCUAUCAAUAAUGCCGUUCACUCACUGUCCCGAGAGAGUGCGAGAAAUGUUCGCCAGCUCGGGCAGUCCCUCCGCGCGAUGCUCGCAUACGACAACUGUGAGCUAACACUCAGGACCAUGACACCUACGAUCGAGAAUCGGGGAUCGACUCGUCACCUUACAUCAGGGCUCAUCAUCAAGCUCGAACAUGGUGUCCAGCCUGACGACCUACGCUGCUCACGUAGGCUAUGGGAGACCUCGUGGCUCAAUCCCAGUGUCCUC